CCUUUACCUCUCGAUUGUCAUCAUCUUCAAAUCCUCCUUAUUAUGAUCAUUAUCAUCACUUUCAUAAUCAAUGUACAGCCACUCAAACCCAAAUUACACCCUUAUGUCUCCCAGUGGUUUGAGGAGAAGACGCAGCAGAUCGAGAACCUGGACGCCCAGCUGCGGAAACUCCACGCGGCAAUGGAGGGGCUGGUGGCCUACCGACGGGAGCUCGCCACCAGCACAGCCUCCUUCGCCAAGUCGGCUGCCGUCCUGAGCAGCGUGGAGGAGCACUCCGCCCUGAGCCGAGCUCUGCACCAGCUGGCCGAGUCCACGGAGAGGACGCAUACCAUUCAUCACGCUCAGGCUGAUGCGGACUUCUACCAUUUGAGUGAGACAACCAAAGACUACAUUCAUCUCAUUGGGGCUGUGAAGGAUGUAUUCCAUGAACGCGUCAAGACAUUCCAGACCUGGCAGCAUGCACAGACAAUGCUGGCCAAGAAGCGAGAAGCAAAGGCCAAGGCGGAGCUGGCUGGCCGGAUGGACAAGGUUCAGCAGGCCCAGGACGAGGUGGCUGAAUGGGAGGCAAAGGUGGAGAGAAGCCAGGAGGAGUUUGACCGCAUCUCUCGAGCCAUCAAGAAGGAGAUGGAGCAGUUUGAUAUUGUGAGAGUGAAGGAUUUCAAAGACAUGUUAGUGAAGUACUUGGAAGCUCUCAUGACCUCCCAGCAGCAAAUAAUCAAAGUGUGGGAGACAUUCCUCCCCGAAGCAAGGGCUAUUUCUUAGAGGAUCUGCCGAUUGCCUUGAGUUAAAGAAGUUGCUGCUGUAAGUUGCUGAAGAGUGGAAGUUAUUAGCAAUGAAGGAUUUUCACUUUCCAAUUUAUGCAUACUUCUUUCUUUUUUUUUUCUUUUAGCACUAGCUGAUAUGUCUGAGUCUUUUUAUUUUUUGUUUUUAUUUUUUUUCUCGUUUUUAUAUGUAUACAGCCAGUUCCCGGUGAUUCAAAUUCUUGACCAUUCCUCGAAAUUCUUUUUUUUGGUUUUUGUGAAUGUUUGAAGACGACAAAAUGCAUCUUUAUUGCUUCAAAUGAUUAUAAUGCAGCCAUUCCUAGAUGUUUAUGAAAGAUUUGCUUGUUGAUAUUUUAAGAUAUUUGGAACAUAAUAUAUUUUUUCUCUCUCCAUUUAAAAUGUUAAUGGAAAAGUGAAACUAGCAUUAAUCCAGAAUAUCAGGUAUGAGUGCUUUAAAAGAUAUCUUGUUUUUGUAGAACAAUAUAUAUAUAUGUAUUUCCUUGCAAAAGAUGUAUGAUUCUUCAUUCUUGUAGAGCUUCAGAUAGAUUUUUUUUUUUUUUUUUUUUUACCCACAGACUACCCAUUCAUUAAAAAAAAAAAUGUUUACAAUAACGUCCACUUUAACCUUACUACUGCAAGAUGGUCUGGUAUUGGAAAUCAUGAAUGGUCAUCUAAUUAUUUCAGUGAGGGGGUGAAAGUUGAUGAAAGCGUGGUGUGUGUCUGGGCUAGUUUGUUAUUUAUUUGUUCAGUUUUGAAUGAAGAAAAAGAUCUGAGUAUGAACACAUUAUUGGUGUUGAAAGUUGAAAUGUUGAUCCAGCUAAUGAAGAGCUUACAUUGCUACGUGGUAAUUAAGUGCAGUUAAUUAGAUGUGCUCGUAUUUGUGGUAUUUUCUUUUUUUCUUUUUUUUUUUUUAUUUACAUAAUCCACUUUUUGAUGUAUUUUUUCCAGAAUGAAAAGAAAAAAAAAAACAUUAUUGUAUUGUAUCUCAUAGGGUGCACUUUAGGAUGUUUGUGAAUAAGUUAAGAUUAAUUUUUUUUUUUUUUUUUUUCAAGAGGGGGGGAGGGGGAUGUAUUUUUCAGCAUUUUAUUGCUCCUAAGCUUGUUUUGCGUCCGGAAAAAGAUGGAGGGAAAUUUUGAUUUACUUCAGCUACCCCUUUUCACGUUAGAUUAAGGCGUAUUUUGAUUCUUUGGGAUUAUUUUGUUAUAUUUGUAAAACUUCCGAGUUUGUAUUUGCUAAAACCUCAUGCCAUUCAUUCUACGUUUUUUGAAUGCUCGGGUUUGUACUUUAUAUUUUGUCAUUAGAAAAGUAAAAUCUGUGCUGAAAUUGAUUGUACAGUAUAUAUAUGUAUAUGAUUGAUCACUUGAAAAAUUAUUUAAGGUGA